AUGCAGUGGCAAAGUGGGGGCCCAGAUCAACACUCUUUCCGUGGACUCACGCACUAUGACGACUCGCACGCAUCUGGCUCUACGUCCUUUGGCGCGCAAUUCGCACAGCCUCAACCAUCACACGAAGACCAUUUCACGCAGUCACAACCCCCUCACGACGACAAUACUACAUCCUACGACGGGUACCCUUACGACCAGGACGGAUUUGGAGACACGGGGGACCGGCCGCAUGGCGGCCCAUCCUUCACCAACCCCCAACCCAAUCUGUCGCAGCCCCAAUACGACGGCACGUCCUAUGAUGGGUACCCUUAUGACCAAGACGGAUUCGGAGACACGGGGGACCAGCCGUACGACGGCCCAUCCUCAUCCAACUUAGGAACAUCCGGGGGUGCCCACAUGCACGGAACACCCUUACCACAAUGGGUCGACGAAGCCCCUGAUGGAGGAGCCGCUAUGAUAGACCGAGGGGCGGGCUUUAUGCCCCCGGCUACCAAUCUAGCUCUUUUACGGCGAGGGGAGAUUCCUCGAGAAGAGGUUGUCCAUACCAAGGGGCCGGCACGUACUACGAAGAAACGCAGUACAAGGGCCAACCUACCUGCAACCCCAUACUUCGUCCCGCAAGCCCCCCGCAGCACCACCAAACUGCAGACACGCGCAGCGGCACACACGACGGCACCACAAACACCCGUUGUCGCCGAACCUUCAACGCCGACAUUGAAGACGGUACGGGUGUCAAACGAAGACAUCAGCGACGCUGUGAAGGGGGGGAAAGUUUUAAUUGGGCGGGUGAUGUUUACCAAACAUGCGAUGACGCAGAAGCGGAAAAAACGCGUCACUCAAUUCGAGGACGCAAUCAAAGACUCGAUGCCUCGUUGUUUGGAAGCUGAUGUUGUCAUUGAAAACUUUAUAACUAAUGCCCAUCGGAGACAAGUGUCGAACGCGUUGUCCAGUAUACGCGGGAAAAUCGCUCAAUUUGCGCGCGACGGUGUCUUCGUGUCAUACAAGCUGUUUCCCCCACAAGGGAGCACCGUCGCAGCAGCACAAAGGCAUCGCAUCGCAAUGGUGAACAAACUCAUACGGGGCAUUGAUCCCCUACUCUUCAUGCAUGCAUAUUCUGUGGACGAGGUUAGUGAUGUUCCGGCCUGGCUUGGGCUCAAAGCCCCGGCUUAG